GUCGGUCUCUUUGAAGUUGAGUUCGCCAGCUGGAGUUGAAGCUGCCUGCUCAGACUCAUGAGUGACUGUGAGGAGACGGACAUCUUCUGGGAGUCUUGGACUGGGACGCCUGGGAAAGGAAAAAGAAAAAAGGACACCAAAAAGGACACAAAAUGCCUGAAACACAAAAACAACAUAACCAUGAAAACAGAUGAAAACAUCCAGAAGAAAAAGAAAAAGAAAACCUCCAAAUUCAAAGAAGCAAUGGAGGGAAGGAAGGAAAAGAAAAAAGGAAGGAAGAAAAAGAAAAACAGAUUGGCUUUGGAUCUAGAUGACAGUUUUAUAUUUCCGCAGGGCAGUAGUGCUCAAGCAAACCCUGCUGUGAAGCCUGAAACUUGGAAUCCACGCAGCAGUGGCGAGCUAAAACCUGACCAAGACUGCAAGAAGAAAACCAAAAGAAAAAAGAAAGUGGCGUUUGACUUAUCACCGGGCUACAUCCGUGUCAAACGUCCUAAAUUAGUCUCUUCGUCUCUGCGGUCUCCCACGGCUGUGAGAGACAGCGAGAGCUGUUCGCAGGUCACAGUGACGGGACACAGCCAGGGUGAAACACAUGCUGAUGAAUCUCAAUGCAACAGUGAGGAAAUAAACAGCCAGGACCUGUUUAUCACCCAGAAGACAUUCAGAGCAUCGCCCUGCAAACCUUCCAGCGGUGAAGCCAGUGACAAAGCCGUUCCUACAAGUCCUCCAAUGUUUAAACCACGAGACGAGCUGCACACAUCUAUGGCGUGGAUAAAACAGCAUCUUGAAGGAUCAUACAACAGUCCACCAGACUUGCAUUUCCAUCAGCAUCACAGAAAGACAAACGAGUAUGUACUUCUCUCAAAAGGGGAAGAGAAAGAAAAGCGGUUAAACAAAGCACAUCAGAAUCCCAAGAAGGGAAAACCGUCCUCUCAGACGCAGACAGAGUUAAAUGCAAAUCUUACUGAGGAGAAAAAAGUGCCACGCCCUGCACACACAACGCCCAGUGGGGUGAACGCAUACCUGGGUGAGCCAAUUGAUGUGAACCCCUCCCUGGAUGUUGCAAAGUCAAAGAGACAGUCCCGUACUGUAAGCCAGCAGUCUCCUUCAUGUCCAUCAGUGCUUCCCUCUGUGUCCACGGACAGCACUUCCACACAGACAGAAAAUUUCUUCACCACCCAACUCUCCUCCUACCUCAACUUCUGCCGAGAAAGUAGAGCGACUGUGCACCUUGAGUUCUUGAAACCUUUGGACCUGAGCUUGCCGUGGAGGUCCAGAAAAGACUUUGGGAUGUGUUUGUCAGCGAAGACAUUGUGUUUACCAGGAGAGACCAAAGAGCCCAAUCUGCAUCCAUAUUGUUCUUCAGACAUGAAAGAUGUAGAGGUAAAGAAAGAGCCUUCUGGUCGGCAUCCCUGUUCUGUAAGCACACAAGGUAAAAGUGAAGCAACUCCAAGCCCCCAGUCAGAGUCUGAGCCUAAGACCGCAGACACGACGACCUCCAGCGAGGACGAGCCCCCCUGGCGCACUGGCAAGCUAGACCUGACCCAGGUGAGGGCAGUCCAGACGAGACUCAACGAGUCCUUCUUUUUCAAGACAAAAGGAGAGGGACAGUCCCCCAGACCAGAGUCUCCACUGAUGAAACUGGCUCAGAGCAGAAAAGUGAAAAGCAGGAAGGGCCACUGAGGUCAUAUAGCUGCAGUCAGUGGCGGCCACAUUGUUUUUUUUUGUUGCUAGAUGCCCGUCAAUGUCUGAAACAGUAUUUAGGGUUAAAGAGCAGCUGUGUAUCAGAUUAACGGGUAAAUUCAAAUUCAACUCUCGAUGCUAAAACUCAAUCUGAACCUUGUCCUUGAGAGGAAGGAAUCUUUUGAGUAGGAAGGAGUGAUGUUGACACUGUGAGGCAGUAGAAAGUUCAAGUUGUCAUGAUAGAUGUUAUUAGGAAUUCUGUCCCAAAAUGAACUUCUGGAGAAAAAAAAAAA